AUAUCGUGGGUCGUGGGUUGUGGAGUUUGAAGGAUGGGACGUGAGAUUUCGUGCUGAUGUUCGUCUUGGAGUUGAAUGACUCGUAGUCGUAUAAAAUGAAGGGAGAACGAGUGCACAUGUUCGUUCGCGUCGGUCGGUCAGUCCGAUAUCACGAAGCAUUAUUGGUAUUAUCAUUCGUCAGUUUUAACGAAGUGGGAAAAGCAUGCAGAGCACAAAAAACCACAAGCGGAAUUCCCAAUCCUUAUGAAUCGAUUACAGAGCACCGAGUAGACAUUGCAGAAACAUUUCACCAUUCAAGAAUCGUCGAUCGUGAAUGUUCUUCAGCCUUCUCCGACGGAUUAUCGUGUGUUUCAGUAGCUGCUUGGUAUUCAUCAAUCUGCACAUCAAAAAUGGAGAGACGAAAUGUUGUUGCGAUCUUGCUUCUUGUUUUCGGGAUCAUCGGGGUUUACUGCUACCCUUCAAAUUCCAUUGUGGUGCCAGCGGAAUCAGAUCUUGAAUUGUCCCCAGAAGUAGCCGACGAUUAUUCAUUUGCGAACGAUGAAAAACCUGACAGUGCAUUUCCACGAGUGGACCAUCCUUACGAAGUAGAUGGAAGGUCCAAAAGAAGUCCUGGAGGAUUGGACAACAUUGAGAUGCCGACAAAUGUACUGCGUGCGCGAACACUAACACAGAUAGAUCGACAAGAACUCCUGAGACAGCUCCGUAGUUUUACCGAGAUUUUAUUGCAGCAGAACCCGAAUUUGAGUUAUGAUGAGGCGUACAGUCGUGCAAGGCACGAACAUCCUGACAUAGAGCAACAAUUAUAUGAGGCAUAUGAUAUUGAUGAACCUGAAAUAUGAAGUUUUUCAUGAUAUUUUAUCCGUUUAUGCGACUUGUUCAGUAAAUAUUAAACAGAACAGUUGCGUCGAAAAAUUAUUGACCAGUGGACGAGAGUGCUAUCAAUGUCUUGUUCUGAGACUCUACCGAGGCUCUUGAUCUACUGAACGAUCCAUGUAUUCGUAUUAAGCUAAGCAAUUGGAGAAACAUUUAUGAAUAAAAAAAUGGAAAU